AUGGGAAAGAUGAGGAUCAAGGUGACCAUCGCCUUGACCAUCGCGCUGGCCGUGAGCCAUCGAUCACGAGGCGGCGUGAUACCGCUGGAAGACGUUUUUCACGGGCAACAAGAAACACUCGACGAAGCCGUUCAACAGGGUCCGCUAGCCAGCUCGUACGUGCAGUUUCACGGGCCGGUCGAGGGCCCCGAGUUCGAAGUGAAAGUCCCAUACGCGGUGCAUCACGAUGACAAUCACUUGCACGGUCAAGACGCUUACACGGUGGACUACGUGGCUCAUCCGAAGUACGAGUUCUCUUAUGGCGUGGAGGAUCAGCAUACUGGAGAUUUUCACUCUCAGAAGGAGUCGAGGGACGGAAACAGCGUGUCCGGAUCAUACAGCGUGAAGGAGCCAGGAGGCAGCAUCCGAACCGUCAGCUACCGCGCCGACAAGGACGGAUUUCAUGCUGUGGUGCACACUUCCGGCAAGAAUGACCACUCCGUUGGUAUGCACCCUGGUCAAGGCCAGCCUAGGGUUCACGAUCACGAAGUUGCGGCGCAACAGGAACAACAGCCACACGAUUACGCCGCUUCGUACAACGAAGACGAAGGAUACUGA